CACUCCCGGAGUUCGUCGUAUACCCCGUAAUCGUGCUGGAUCUCCACGCGCCCUCCAAUCAUGGCUUCGAUAUACCCUCCCAGCCAAGAUCUCCAAUCUAUCGCGGCCCUCUUCCCGCACGUCGACCUCGACCUCAUUGCCGCCAUCGUCCGCCACGAGCUGCCCGGGGCCGAGAUCUACAAGCUCGACUCGCGGCGCAUCCUCGAGUCGACAUGGAACAUCGUCGAGGUCUCGAUGGAAGACUCCACCGUGUCCCUCCGCGCCACGCCCUUCGCGAUCGAGACCUACCCCACGCUUGACUCGCUCCUCGUCCCCCUGAACGCCUACUUCUCGGUGCUCUGCGUGGAGGGGCUCUCGCACGGGCAGUCCGCGCUGCUCCCCUGCCACUUCUUCCGCUACAGCAGCCACCUCGUGAAGAUCGCGGCGCAGUACGAGUGGAAGGCCGUGCUCGCCUACCACCUCGCGUCGUUCGCGCGGCGCUCGAAGGAGAUGCGAAAGGGCGACUAUGCGGGCUGGGGGCGCGUCGACAUGGACCUGAUGGAGGAGUUCCUCGUCCCGAACCAGAAAAAGCGGCUUUAUGGUACUGUGUUCUCUAGCAGUAGUGUGCACCAGUCGUGGGAGCUAAUAUACCCGUGAUAUACUUUACAAGAUACGAGGCGGAAGCAAAAGUAACUGUAGACGACAGGAGCGGGGACGCUGUGUACGAUUGUACUAGUGCCUUGGAUAGCCGAUCGAAACGUUGUACCAAUACACGUCUUGCAUAUUCUACAUGGUCAGUGAGACAUGCGCCAAGUCCGAUGUCGGUGAGUAGAUCCGUUCACUGCGAUUGACUCUCUUCGACCUUGUUGCCUGCUCGCGGAGGAGUCCCCUGCUGUUUCUCCAUCGAGUUUGCAUCCUCUAGCAACCUUACGGCCAGCCGCCGCGUCCUCUCGAUGCCGCGACCGUCGUCUGGACGCGGUACCCAACCCUGCCGCAACUCCACUUCUUGGACAAAUGCUGCGGCAUCUGCCAGGGAGUGCCCGAUCCCCUUCAACUCCUCAGCGAGCCGCGUCCUGCGGGUCAUGUUCUCGUUCAGCAGCACCCCCACACUCUUGCGCAUAUCGUCCUCCCAGGCUCUCCUUAUCCCAUGCCGCUCUUGCGCUCCCCUCUCCGCCUGCUGCAGCAUCUUGCCAAUCUUUGUGCCCUCGCGCUCGACUGUGGCGUCGAUAUGCCGCCGCACUCCUUCAAGCCCGCUAUCGAUGUCCCACUUGACGCGUUGCAGCUCCUUAGUGAGCUUCGUGUUCGCCGUCCGCAGGGCUGUGAGCUGGGUGCGGAGACCUGCGAGGCGCCGUCGCACUAGGACGUACGGCACGAUCGCGAGCGGCGACACCACGGCCGCGAACACCACAAUGGUGCGCACCGGGUCGCGCGCUGACUUGGUGUUGGAGGAUUUGGAGGUCAGCGGGAACAUCGUGGUCUGCGGCCGGUCCUCGCGAAGGGGGUCUGUAGACUGUAUAGUCCCAGGGUCGAGGGGCUCGGGCACACGCGAAGAACUCAUGGAAGACACGCAAGCCUCUUGAUCGCCG